GCACGGCCCCAUUCGUUCGCCGGCAAACCGGAAGCAGGAGGCGAGAGGAGUUGAAGGCAGCGGCGGCGGCGUCGGAGUCGUCUCCGAACAACACAAAACUACAAAGUUCCAUCGCUCGCCAUCCGCGUCCUUUAAACGCCAACCCGGACUCCGCGAGCCCCUCACGCCCUCUCCCACCCCCUCUUCCGUCUCGCCAUGGCCUCGUAUCGGGCGGCUGACUCGAAGCGGGAGGAGUUCCGUAGGUACCUGGAGAAGUCGGGCGUUCUGGACGCGCUCACAAAAGUGCUCGUUGGUCUGUACGAGGAGCCAGACAAACCCAACAAUGCCCUGGACUUCCUGAAGCAGCACCUGAGCUCUGCGGGCCCCGAGGGGGCCGAUGUAGAGGCCCUGCGCCUCGAGGCCUCUGAACUGCGCCUCAAGUUGGACUCCCUGGCUGAAGAGAACCGCGAGCUCAAGGGCAAGCUGGCUCGCUAUGAAGCGGUGGUGGACGAGGGGCGCACGGAGUAGGGGGGGGGGUGCAAGGCACUGGGGAAUGCACACACAAACAUAGACACACAGUCACACACUCGCUCACAGAGACACACACAGACACACUAAUGCACACUCACACCUAGACACACACACGUGCACGCACACACUCUCGCGCACACACGCGCACAUCCACGUGGUUAUGGGUAUGCACAUGAAACACUCCCUUUCCUCCCACGCUCGCUACUCUCACAUUCCAACACAUAGGCAAAGGUCCCCCGUGUAGCCCGCACUGGCUGUUGGUGAAAGUACUGCUAGCGAGGGGAGCACCCACUAAUACCCACCCAACCCAACACUUGGUCUAACACUCAAUCUAACACCCACCUAACCUAACACUCGGUCUACCACUCCACCUAACACUCAAUCUAACACUGUCCAACACCCAUUCAUCCAAUCCAACACUCAGUAUAACACCAAAUCUAACACCCACCCAAUCUAAGUCUAUCACCCCAGUCACACUUAGUCUAACACCACCUCCUGCCCGUCUUCUCCACCUGGGUUCCUUUGGUGUUACUGGGGUGGAGUCUUUGCCGUGACCGGGGUGGGCGGAGUUAGUGACUUGUGGGCGGGGUUAGUGGCUGGUGGGUGGAGUUGGUGGCUGAUUGGUGGGGUCAAGUGGUUGGUGGGCAGAGUUGAUGGCUGGGGGGGGGGGUGAGGGGCUGAUCAUCGCACUGAGUUCACAUAUUUUUUUCAGUCCACCCUCUGUGCGACGACGAUGACAACAGUGCGGGAGAGAGGAGCAGAGAUAAUUAUUUGUUGUUACAAUCUCUGUCCCUGUUUUGGAGUGUUUCAUUAAAGGAAGUGGUUUGUUUGAA